GACACGCAUAACAGCGACACUGGACACGCGUUUCUUGAAAAGGGCAAUAGACACAUUGGAGGUGGAAGUGGUGUGAAAGAGGAGGGACUUGAGACUUCAGUUUGCGUUUCACUGUGCAAACUGAAGGGCGCUCACGCUCGGCUCUCCUGGACUGACCGCUGAGCCACGGAACUAGUUUGCGCGGACAUUGCGUUCACACGUCAAACUCCCACAACUGUGCUCACCGCCGACAGCGGACGUUCAGUAAACCCGGUGAAGCCUAGAAGUUGUCCGUUUCUUCCUAAAGCGCCACUCUUUCAUGCGAGGAUGUGAAUUUCCACGGGAGGAUUCAGAGUCGUGCCAUGGUUUUGACCUGCGCGCUCCUCACAGAAAUGGACCGCUCCACAUCUACGGGUACAUGAAUCUGAGUUCCACUGGCCAGAUGCCUGAGAUGGAAGAAGUAGAUACCAAUGAGAGCAACGGGUUGGCGAAGAGGAUUGCUCUCAUCAGCUUCCUGUCACUGGUCAUGCUCAUGAGCGUCCUGGGCAACCUGCUGGUUAUGGUGGCCGUCUGCAAAGACCGGCAGCUCAGGAUCUGCAAAUCAUUUGCCAUCAUCCUAGUCAUCACUCCUUACACUGUUUAUGUGACCUUCUGCCUGGUCCGCACCUCUCUGGACGUGCUGCUGACCACCGCCUCCAUCCUACACCUGUGCUGCAUCUCUCUCGACAGGUACUAUGCCAUCUGUUGCCAGCCGCUGGUUUACAGGAAUAAGAUGACACCAUUGAGAGUGGCUCUAAUGAUCGGAGGAUGCUGGAUAAUCCCAACCGUUAUUUCCUUCCUACCCAUAAUGCAAGGCUGGAACAGUAUUGGAAUAAAUGAUUUGAUAGAGAAGCGGAAGUUCUCUGGCAACUCCACGGUGUGUGUGUUUAUGGUGAACAAGCCAUAUGCGCUGACCUGCUCGGUCGUGGCCUUCUACGUACCGCUGAUCCUGAUGGUGCUGGCGUACCAGCGCAUCUACGUCACGGCGCGGGCACACGCUCGACAGAUCAGCAUGCUGCAGCGGGCCGGAGGAGCGGGGAACGCGGACAGCGCGGACCACCAACGCAACCACCGCAUGCGCACCGAGACCAAGGCGGCCAAGACUCUGUGCAUCAUCAUGGGCUGCUUCUGCCUGUGCUGGGCCCCUUUCUUCAUCACGAACGUGGUGGACCCCUUCAUAGACUACAGUGUUCCUGAGCAGCUGUGGGCGGCCUGCCUCUGGCUGGGCUACAUCAACUCCAUGCUCAACCCCAUCCUCUACGCCUUCCUCAACAAGUCCUUUCGUCGUGCCUUCCUCAUCAUUCUCUGCUGCGGACACAAGCGCUACCGCCGACCUUCCAUCCUGGGCCCUGGAACGACCUGCACGGCCACGCAGAUCAACGGCUCGACACACGUCCUGAAGUAUUCAGCUCUUCACAAUGGAAACCACACUGAACAGGAGAAACUGUCAAUACAGAACGACACAGAGUCCCAGGAGUGAUGUUUCUGACACAGGCCAGCCUCUAAUGAGGAGCAUCACUGGAAGAGGUGCCAUUUCUCACCGCCCUGCCUGCAGCUCAGACCCGACCAGUGCCCUUCAGGAGUCGAGUACAGGGAGCUGCACUGAACUGUUUGCUCAAAGAGCUGCUGAACAAUGAGGGAAAGAACAAUGUUGCCAAAGGAAAUAUGGAAAUGCAAAGCGAGUUUAAAAGAAGAAAAGGGCUGAAGAUGAAUCAGUGGAGUGAGGAGCGUAUGAAAGCUGCAAUAGACGAGUAUAAAGCACAGGCUGAGUCGGGGCAGAAGCCUGCGCUACGAUUGCUGGCAAGGAAGUGGAACGUGCCAAAAACGACCCUUCAGAGACGCGUGAAAGGGCUCGUCGAGGGAUCCGAGCAUGCGUCUGGAAGAAAGCCAUUCAUCCCUGUUGAAUCUGAGCGGGAGUUAGCGCGCCUUCUCACCUUGCUUUCAGAGAGAGGCUUCUCCUUGAGGAAGACUGAUGUUCAGUCUCUUGCUUUUGAGUUUGCCAAGAUAAAUGGCAUCCGAGGGUUUUCAGAAGAGAAGCAAAAGGCAGGCUAUUACUGGUUCGAGGGCUUUAUGAAGCGAAACCCCGGGCUGCAAAUAAAGAAACCUGAGACCACAUCACCAGCUACAAGGAUGAAUGAAGAAGAGCUGGGAAAAUGGUUCAUGAUGUAUGAAAACACCCUUGAUGCCUUGGGAAUUAAAGACGUCCCUUCACAUAUUUGGAAGUGUGAUGUAUCAGGACUACAAGACAAGUUCUCCUCUCAACAAUCUGUCGGGGAAGGAGAAGAUCCCUGCUUUCAGAUCACAACCGAGGAGGAAACGGCCUCAACUAUACUAGCAGCAUUCAAUGCCAGUGGUGCAUUUGCUCCUCCGCUUCUCAUUUUCAAAGGAAUUAAUGCGAGA